CAGAAAAGUUGUGGCUUUGCCUACUAAUGGCUUCAGCACCCUGACAUUUUAUCCCUAAGGGAACACAGUCUUGACAGGAAGAAAUGUUCCUCACCUAGCUUCAUCCGUGAGGAACAAGGAAAAACAGACAAAGAAAAGAAACUCAGGUCCCUCAAAUUAUCCAUCUAAUACGGGCCCCGCGUCUUUUAGGCAUGGGUGCGUAAUUGCUUUGUGCAACACCAGCGUGCUGUGUGGGGGCGCUAAACAAAUGUUAAUGCCCUGAUACUAAUGUACGCUUAGGAGCAGAUCCUAUCGACUUUAAUGGGACUUACUCUUUGGAGAAAUGGCCACAGAGGGAUCCCAGCCCUUGUCGGGUUCCAAGGAGCAAAAGAGGCAGUGGUCACUACCUGCUGAACAACAUUUGAACACAGACAACUACCUAAGGUAAAUGUUUCCAUAACCUUAUGGAGAGAAAGGACUUUGAAGCAUGGCUUGAUAACAUUUCUGUUACGUUUCUCUCUCUGACGGACUUGCAGAAAAAUGAGACGCUGGAUCACCUCAUUGGCUUGAGCGGGGCUGCCCAGCUCAGGCAUCUCUCCAAUAACCUAGAGAUCCUCCUCAAACGGGACUUCCUCAGACUCCUCCCGCUCGAACUCAGUUUCUAUUUGUUAAAAUGGCUUGACCCUCAGACCUUACUCACAUGUUGCCUCGUCUCUAAGCAAUGGAACAAGGUCAUAAGUGCCUGCCUGGAGGUGUGGCAGACGGCUUGUAAGAACCUGGGCUGGCAGAUUGAUGACUCUGUCCAGGAUGCUUUGCAUUGGAAGAAGGUGUACUUGAAGGCCAUCUUGAGGAUGAAGCAGCUGGAGGACCACAAAGCCUUUGAGACCUCCUCACUGAUCGGACACAGUGCCAGGGUGUAUGCACUUUACUAUAAAGAUGGACUGCUUUGUACAGGUUCGGACGACUUGUCUGCCAAGCUGUGGGACGUGAGCACGGGGCAGUGCAUCUAUGGGAUCCAGACCCACACCUGCGCGGCGGUGAAGUUCGACGCGCAGAAGCUUGUCACGGGCUCCUUCGACAAUACGGUUGCCUGCUGGGAGUGGAGCUCGGGGGCCAAGACCCAGCACUUCCGAGGGCACACAGGGGCAGUUUUCAGUGUGGAUUACAACGAUGGGUUGGACGUCUUGGUCAGCGGCUCGGCGGAUUUCACUGUGAAAGUCUGGGCCUUAUCGACCGGCGCGUGUCUCAAUACCCUGACCGGACACACUGAAUGGGUCACGAAGGUGGUCUUGCAGAAGUGCAAAGUCAAAUCCCUCAUGCACAGCCCCGGGGAUUGCAUCCUGCUCAGUGCAGACAAGUAUGAAAUCAAGAUCUGGCCAAUUGGGAGAGAAAUCAACUGCAAAUGCUUAAAGACCCUGUCCGUGUCAGAAGAUCGCAGCAUCUCCCUGCAGCCCCGGCUUCACUUCGACGGGAAAUACAUCGUGUGCAGUUCGGCCAUCGGGUUGUACCAGUGGGACUUUGCCAGCUAUGACAUCCUCAGGGUUAUCAAACCCCCCGAGUUUGCAAACUUGUCCUUGCUGGGCUUCGGUGACAUUUUUGCUCUCCUGUUUGAUAACCACUACCUGUACAUAAUGGACUUGAGGACAGAGAAACUGCUCAGCCGAUGGCCGCUGCCGGAGUACAGGAAGUCAAAGAGGGGCUCCAGUUUCCUGGCGGGAGAGACGUCUUGGCUCGACGGGUUGGACGAUGUGACAGAACACCUGAGCCAGGAGAUUCUGCAGGUAUUUGUACGUUGCAUUGAGCCUGGAUGUGUAGAGGUGUCAGCAUCCAGGAUCCAAGAGAGACUUGAGUUCAAAUCCACCUCAGCUAAAGCAUUUGCUUGUUCUUGGGCAGAAGGAAACAGACACGCCGGAAGUCCGCUCUUGAUCACACAGAAGCCAGCCGGGGAAUGCUGUUUAUGUGUUUACAUAUGGCUGCGAGAGCUGGACCAUAAGGAAAGCUGAGCGAAGGAAGAAAGAUGCUUUUGAACUGUGGUGUUGGAGGAAAAUUCGGAGAGUGCCUUGGACUGCAAGAAGAUCAAACCAGUCCAUACUCCAGGAAAUCAAGCCAGACUGCUCACUUGAGGGAAUGGUAUUAAAGGCAAAACUGAAGUACUUUGGCCACAGAAUGAGAAGACAGGAUACCCUGGAGAAGAGGCUGAUGCUAGGGAAAGUGGAAGGCCAAAGGAAGAGGGGCCGACCAAGGGCAAGAUGGAUGGAUGAGAUUCUGGAGGUGACAGACUUGACCUUGGGGGAGCUAGGGGUGGCGACGGCCGACAGAAAACUCUGGCGUGGGCUGGUCCAUGAAGUCACGAAGAGUCGGAAACGACUGAACGAAUAAACAACAACAAUUGUUUGUGUGGGGGGGGGCUACCCUAUAAGUACAGGUAAUUCGAAAUUAAACAAACCACAACGGGGUGGGGUGGGGACUUACUGUCCUCAUUGCCUGCUGCUGAGUGUUUCAUAGGCAGCACACAGGCUACAUGCAGGCAGGGGUGAGAUUAUAGAUCCACAGCGUGCAGAAUAUCCCCUGGUUUCUGCAGAGCAAGAGGGGCAAGCUGGAGCAGCUUCCCCAAAUGCCAAUCCUUACGAUAACAUCACUCCGCGUCAAUAUCUGAUGAUCCUCCCUCCCUCACACACCUACUUUACCACAUACAUUGCCUCAGACUUUGUGAUUUCCAUGGGCUCUGCAAACCCUCCCAUGCAAAUCUGGUUUUUUUUUUUAUCGAUACAAAACAAAUGACUUUAAAUAAUUAAGUUCCACAGUGCUCACGAUGCAAUUACUUGGAAUCCAUUUGUCUCUUAAGUGCUCUGUUCCAAGGGAUCUUUUGUCAUUAUUCAGUAGUUUCAGAGUAUUACCAGUGGGGGGGGGUUAGUGCAUUUGAUGGACCAUCACCCCCUGGCUGACUCUUGAAGACCCCCGGCUUAGGGGAAAUCUGUGGCAAAGCGCAUGCUUUGCAUGCAUGUGGUCCCAUGUUCAGUCGCUGGCAUUUCCAGGUAGGACCGGGAAAGAUUCCUGUCAGAGUUUGGUGAGCGUUCAUCGCUGACCCUGGACACUGUUUUGCUGCGGCCUACUGUUAAACCCCGAAUGAUUGCAUGCCUUGAGUCCUCUGCCUUUGGAUCACAUCUCGGAUCAUCCCACUGGAUUUUAAGACCCUGUUUCUAGCUUCUGUUUGGCUUGUCUGAGUUUAUUUGAAGUUGGGCUCAUGGUCGUCUCUGAUCUGCAGCCUCUGAUGAGGUGCCUGUGUUUGUGUCCUGUUGUAAUGAAGGAGUUUGCCGUUUCUUUAAUAUGUAUUUGGAUAGUGCUGUUGCAAGGAUGCUGGGCCUGACAUUUUGGCUGAAAGAGGUUCCCCAACCCUGAUGUAGAAGAUCCUGAACUAGAUGGGUCAAAGAGGCAUGGAAAAUAUGUGUUCAUAUUUGUUCAUAUAUGUUGCAUACCAAGUAAGUUCAGAAGAGGCGUGACGAAGACCCAAACAUGUUUUUGGAUGUCAUGAUGCAAGGGAAAAAGGGCUUGUGAUGGGUUUAACACGCGGCAAGUUUAAUAGCGAAUACACAAGCAGUAUUUUCCCCCCAUUCAGUGCAGUGCAGAAAAAUGGAAACCCUUUUCAUGGGGAAACAAAACUUUCAGGAAAUUCUUGAUAAUGGUGAUUCCUACCUGUUUGAAAUUGUUGGCGAAUUUCUCCUCCCCCCAGAGAAAUUCGGUGAAAUUGACCCCUGCCCCUGCAAUAUAGAAAAAGGAAUUUCAGCAGGUGACAUUUGUACGCGUGCAGCACCUGGUGAAAGUCCCUCUUCAUCACUACCGUUAAAGCUGCAGGAGUCCUGCCUAGCAUGACCAGAUACAAAAGAUGGCGGGGCUCCUGCAGCUUUAACGGUGGUGAUGAAGAGGGGAUUUCACCGGGUGCUGCAUGUGUACAAAGGACACCUGCUGAAAUUUCCUUUUCUAUGUAACUGUUAAAGACACAGGAGCCCUGCCCGCUUUUCCAUAUGGUCAACUGAUAACUUAUGAUUGGUAGCGCUCAGAACCGGCUGUCUGGAAGCACCAUGUGUGUUUGUGUGAAU